AUGAGUGCAUCAGUAAUAACUACGUCGAUAGAUACUCACGAAAUUAUAGCUUCAACUAUUACAGCUACAAACGCUGAUAAUAUUUUGGGUGAUAUCUUCGAAACAAGAUCCACAACACGCUUGACUACAAGUACAACAUCGAAGAAAAGCUCUAAAACUUCAAAACCAUGGAAAACUGUUAUAUCAACAACAUCUGUAAUACCUUUCAAUAGGCUUUCUUCAACUGAAAAAUCAUCAUCUUAUAUUAAAUAUCUUAUACUUCUAUUUUUGAUAAUUGGUAUUAUUGUAUUGAUCUUAUGUCUUCUUUAUCUGUGUCGACACAAUCGAAAUAGUGACAAUGAAUCAUUGUCAGAUAGGGAUGAUAGUGAUGAAUUGUAUAAUUCAGUGAAGACACAAAUAGAAUCGGAUUCAUCAAAUGAAUCUGUUGAAGAAACUGUGUCUACACAUGCAGUACCUGAACUAUCAAUACCCGUACAACAGCAAGAACAAUCAAAAAUAUCUAGAAAACAGACUAGUGGACUCUUUUUUAGUAAACUAGAUCCAGAUAUUCUUUAG